AUGGCAAACAACUUGAACCUGAAUGUGGGUGAGGAUGACAUUGAGGAGCCCUUAGAGAUGGUUCCUGAGGAGAUGACUAAUGAGGAAUUCUUGGAACUGGAACAAGAAUGCAUAGCUGAAGAAGAGCUCUGGUUCCAUGAUGUCGUGGGCAUCGUUACUAGAAGGGUGCACUAUUUUUUAUCCUCCUUGAGAGGCACCUUUAGCAUAAGGCAGAAGGCCACGAAAGCGAGGGCCGAAGAGCCACGGAUAUUAUGCCUGUUCUCAGAGGCCUGUAGGAGGCGUUUACAAAGACUUGCUCUGGCCUACUUAGAUUUUUCAGGAAUUGAGUUUGAAAAUCAGAUACAGUCCAGUGGUGUGAUCAUCAUUAUUAAAUCCCUUCAGGUGGAUUUUGGGUUCCUCAAACAAUUGCUUCAAUUGAAGUUUGAGGACCGUCUUAAAGAGGAGUCUUUCAAUCUGUUCACUGCUCUAUAUGACAGGAUCCUAACAAUUGAAAAACAUUGUCAACAGAAUGAGGAUACCUUAAGAAAAUGCUAUAAUCAGCAGUUGGCCGACGCCAUAGCUGUCAUCAGAGGAAUGUACAAGGUGGGUUUUUAG